CUAGCAUUGGCAACCAAAUUUGAAGGCGCGUGCAUGCCUGCGUGCUCACUGUCCUGCGGUCCUCGUUGCAAAUAAGAGGUCGAUCAUGUUGCGCCUUGCUACGCUCGCAACAAUUUCUGCGCUCGCGCACGGCUUCGCCGUCCCACCGCUGCGUGCAGCGCGCACGCCCGCUGCAGCCAAGGCCACGGUGGCCAAGGCCGCACCAGUAUUGCUCCCGACCGUGCCCGAGCUCGCGCUCGCGGCGGGCGUGCCCACCGCACUGGGCCUCUGGCGCACGGGCUUCGCGGUUAGUUACGGCUACGGCGGCGCCAUCGCCGCCUCGGCGUACCUCUACCUCCAGAAGACCAGCGGCGUGGCGAAGCUCCACGCGACGGCGCUCGCGUUCUACGGCGUGCGCCUCUGCGCUUAUUUGCUGCUGAGAGGUGCCACGACCGAGAUGCGGCCCAUCAAGGCCAAGUCCGCGUCAGUCCCGGACCGCCUCAAGCGCCUGCCCCUCUUGUCGGGUUGCGCAGCGCUGUACGCCUUCCUAGCGGCGCCGCUGCGGGUCACGGCGGCCGGCCAGGCGACCGACGCCGUUAAGCUGCUGGUGAAGGCGUCGUUCGCGUCCUUCGGCGUCGCGGCCGUCGCCGACGCGUGGAAGUACGUGGCCAAGCAGCUGAACGGCAAGGACCACCUCGUGACGGGCGGGCCCUUUUUUUUCUUCCGCCAUCCCAACUACACGUUCGAGGUGCUCGGCUGGCUCCUCUCCUUCGCGGCGGCGAUCUCGGCGGCGGCGCCCGUCUCGAAGCACGUGCCCGCUCUUGCGUGCAGCGCCCUGGGCGCCUUCGGCAUUUUUGGUGUGCUCGCGGGCGAGGCGGCGGCCGGCCUCGAGAAGAAGCAGCUCGAAAAAUACGGCGACUCGCCGGAGUACCAGAAGUGGGUCGCGCGGACCUGGGCGGGGCCCAUGAUGGGCGCGCCGAAGGUCAUGCCCCCGCGGCGGGUCACGGACACGUUCGAGCGCGUCGCCUGGAGCGGGUCGGCGUUCCCGAAGAAGUAGUGGGUCCACGCCGUUUUGUGGGGGGGUAGGUAAGGACUUCCUAGGAC